CAGGCAGUUGUAUUGGUUUUUUCUUUUCAGUUGUAGCAACCAACCUUUUUGUCAUAACUACGUGUGAUCCUUGAUAGAUUCCCUCCUUUUUCUCUCAAUCUUUACCUUUCUUCCAACUCUUCAACUUGAUUAUUGAUGCCCAUGCAUCUGUUAAAGAAUCUCAACUCCAUCUUCAAAACCUUGAACUCUCCUUACUGGCCUUUCCUUUUACUCCUUUAUUUUGAUUUUUUCUAAGUUUCCAAGCUUUGGCCAAAGAACAAGACAAUCAUUCUUGGCUCAUUUUUGUGUAUAUAAUAUAGCUUUAUACCCAAGAAUACAGAGCUCUCUGUUUUAAACUUUAUUUUUUUGGCAUGUGAAAUAUGGCAAGUUCAUCUGGUAUGAAUAUUAAAGAAGGGAUAAAUUCAUGUAGCGGGAAUAAUUCGAUAGGGGGAAGAGAUAAUUCUUCUUCACCUACAAGUUUUCAACAAAAUCAGGUUUCAAUGGAUUGGACUCCUGAAGAACAAGCUAUCUUGGAGGAAGGUUUGGUAAAAUAUGCCUCCGAGACAAGCAUAUCCCGUUAUGCAAAAAUUGCAAUUUCGCUGAAGAACAAGACUGUUCGUGAUGUGGCAUUACGAUGCAAAUGGACCAAGAAAAAGGAAAACAGCAAGAGAAGGAAAGAUGACGCAAAUCUAUUGAAGAAAAAUAAAGAUAGAAAGGAAAAAUUGACUGAUCCUACUGCAGCGUCGUCCCCUGUGGUAAUCCAGCCUGGUUAUGUUCCAUAUGCUCAAGGAGUGGUUUCAAAUAAGAGUGACGGUUUCACCUCGUAUCAUGCCACAGUCAGUGUCACCACGCAGCUUAUUCAUCAGAAUGCUCGGAUCUUUGAACAGAUUUCCGCGAAUCUUGUAACACAUCAAAUACACGAGAAUACUCGACUUUUGUGUCAGGCUCGAGAUAACAUCUUCAUGAUUUUACAAAAGUUGAAUGAGUCGUCAUACAUACUGAAGCAGAUGCCACCACUUCCAGUUAAGUUAGAUGAAGAACUUGCCAACUCUAUCCUUCCCCCCUCAACUCAUGCAAUUGGCUGAUGAAAGGUUGUCAAUGAAGUGCCUGCUUUUGUCAUCUCUACCGCGCGCAGAAAGAGCAAGAGAGAGAGAGAGAACGAAGAGUUGACUGACUCGACUACAUUUGUUACUACCUUUCGUGGUAGAAAUCAUAGCUCAUGCUCGAAAACAUUGUACAUUCAUAAAAUAGAGUGAUUAUCAAGUUAAGAGUCUGCCUAUUCUCACUCUUUUUCUUGCCCACCUCAUCAAUUAGAUGCUUUGGUAAGUUAA